GGAUAAUCAAUUAAAACCUCAACUGCAGGGUUUUAGAAUAAGCUCAGUCUUGCUCUUUCAUCUUCAAACUUUUCGAGAUAAUCAAUAGAGAUUAACAACAGGAAGGUGACUAGCACUGAAGCCAGAAACGUUCUAUAGCUAUGGCAAGUUUGAUUACAGCCCCAACUUUCAGCCUGUUUUCCGUGAACAAAAGCAGCAGAGGCUGUACAAAAUUUAAUAAUAAAAAUGGGCAAUGUCAUGUUAUAAAGGCAAUGCGAGUAGAGAAAUCUCUAGAGGAAUUGUACAGUGUGAAGGUGGAACGUCAAGUGUCGCCCGAUCGACUGAAGGAGCUUGGGGUUUCAAGAUGGUCAAUGUGGAAGACUGGCAAGUGCAAGCUGCCCUGGGACUGGCAGGUAGAUCAAUUAGUUUACAUUGAGGAAGGGGAAGUGAGAGUCGUGCCUGAAGGGAGCCGGCGGUUCAUGCAAUUUCUGGCAGGUGACCUUGUGCGUUAUCCCAAGUGGUUUGAAGCUGAUCUCUUCUUCAACGGUCCAUAUCAAGAGCGUUACAGUUUCCGAGCAUAUGGGGAUGAUUAAUUGUGCUUCAGUCUUAUCUUCAUCUGGUUUUGCCUUCAGAUCUUUCUCUUGUCAAUCUAAUAUUUUCAGUAUUUAGAAAUACAUUUUUUAGAGUUAGAAAUAUGCAUCCCCUACAGACAAUAUUUGCAAUGUCAUUAGUGAAUGUAUCAAGUGAUUUCUAUGAGAUGGCAUAUCCACUCAUAAUCAUUGGUGAACUGCUUGGGGUAAUAU